GUUUGUUUGUUAUUUACAACUCAAACCAGCAAUAAUAAGUGAUAAAUGCUUUGCUAUUCUUGUGUUAUUAGUUUGUUGUGGUUGAAUACUCCACAUGUUAAUUUUAAUUGAUGCAUGUAGCAAACUUGCUUUGGCAAUCCAAAGCAAUCCAAAGCUUUGACAGAUGAAUCAUCAUCUGUCUAUUCAAAACAUGCCAGCAAAACCACCUCAAACCAAAGCUGAAACUUGCUGUCACUGUUGCUUCCAGUAAAAUUAUUAAUAGACCUGUCAGCCCUUUUUGUCCAGCCUUCAAGGCUUGGAUUAUUUUUACUAAAAAAAAUCUGAAGCAAGUAUGUUCCAUCUGGGACUGGGUCAAGUGAAAAAAGCUGAUGCCUCGACCAUAGCUGAAAAACUAAAAACUAUCUGCCAUACUGGAGAGUGGAGAAAGAUAUGGCAUUGGAUUCUGAAGCAAAGAUUCAGCAGUAUGUUGAAGAACUACAGAAACUGAAUGAAAUCACUGAGUUUCAAAAACGAUUUUUCUCUCAGAUAUCUCUAGCUGUCAAUCUGGGAGACACAUGCCUUGCUAAACUUUUCAAGCAUGAAGUAGCUUAUGAAGAAGAUGCUGACUGGCAUUAUGCUAAAAUAAAACUGAAAAACAAGUGCAACAACACUUUUCACCAAGACUUUUGGCGUAUCAUCUUCGAUCUGUGCUCUCCGGAUGAUGAAAACCACAAGUUCUACCAUUCCUGGUGUCUGAACAAGCCCUGGAAACAUGGUGAAACGCUCGACUUCAGCGUUCGCAUUCGCCCUCUGCACGAGAGCUCGACGAUAGUGACAUGCAGCCUGAUGUUUGUCGUGCCGACCUCAUACGUGGAUGAUGAGAUGCCUGCCGACGCGGCCUCGGCCGGGAGUGACGCGCCGACUGCUGCUGCUGCCGACCCGGCCUCGGACGCUGAUUUGGCCUCGGACGCUGACCCGGGGACGGAGCGGACGGCUGUGAUGGCGCUGCCCGUCUUCACCGCCACAGUGGACGCCCUGCACGCGCUGGAGCCGCCCUCGGCGGUCAGCCGGGUGCCGGCGCCGGCGGAGGUGCCGCCCUGGAUGACCGAGCUGCUGCCGCCGGACGCCGAGCCGGUGCCGCUGCCGCCGCUGGAGCUGGGCGUCUCCGUGCUGCCGUCGGUGACGGCCUCCGACUGGCUGGCGGCCGUGCUGCGCGACAGCCGCUGCCGGCCCGGCGAGGCGGCGCCGCUGGCCGCCGAGGGCCGCCUCUGGGGCUGGCCGGUCCGGCUGGCCGCCUCCGAGCCCGCCGGCGCCACGCUCAUCACCGUCAGCUGCGAGCGGCUGUCGGUGCUGCUGCGGCUGCUGCGCGCGCUGCGCCGUCGCCUGCCCGCGCAGCCGGCCACCGACACGGUGCGCAUACCCAGCCACGUGGUGUCUCGGCUGCGCACCCUGCUGGAGCGCGUGGAGGCGUGGAGCGGCGACCCGAGCCGGCUGCUGGAGCUGUGGCUGGCCGCCCAGCAGAGCGUCAGCCACCGCCUGCCGCACGUCUGAGCCGCGCCGACCGACGCCGGGCCACGACCCGAGCGACUUGUGCUGCCUUCUACUUCAGACAGUCGAGAAGUGAUCCUGUUUGUAAGCGCAGAUAUGCGGGAUUCAUUUCUCGUUCUCGCAACCCCAGCAGUUGAGAUGUAUCAGCCGUGUUUGGUUUGUAGUCAUUAGUAGACUCUAUGCUGGGCACCCGGGUGGUGUGUUGAUACAUCGGCACCAACAGGCGCGUAGUGACGUGGAGCACCGCGUACUGUGUACUUUGUUUCAUUCGAUACUGUGAUAUGGUCUCCCGCCAAGAAAGAAAGUGUUAUGCAGUAUGCUAUAAGAUUUGUCGGAACUGUUAUACAGCUCCGACCCAGCUGUUGUAUGCUUAGAGAAAUAAAAAGCGAAAAAAAAAAACGGUGAGUUCGCCGUUUUA